GGGAGGCGGUUGCCCGGGUGAUGGGGGAAAUGUGGAAGACUUUGGCGUUUGUUUACCUCCGAAUGCUUUCUAAAUGUAGAUCUGAUACAAAUUCCAAAACUGGACACAAACAGCGCUAUGAGAUAAGAGCUAUGUCGUCUCUUAUUUUUAAUAGGGGUGUUUAUUUGAAGUAGUUAGUUUCGUCCACAGUCGUAGUUAACGUCAGGAAGCUGCUAACGGUAUUCAGGGUUUAGGAUUGGGUAACGUGUAAAAAUCCGUAUGCGGUUAAACGUUACCAACUUUGCUGUUAUUCGGAUUUGCGCUGUACUAGUUACUGAUAACGUAUUUUAAUGUAAACCGAUCCAACGACCUUAAUUCAGAGCUUUGGAAGAGCCACGCUAACGGAUCAUCAGUGCUCCUUUAGCCAGGCUGGUGUCUAGUAGCGAGGGCUUGCUCAAUCCACUAUGGGCACGGCCUCCUCGCUUGUGAGCCCUGGAGAUUUGAUUGAGGAUGGCUAUGGUGCCGAGGGUGGUGAGGCGUGCGAGAUCCCUGUUGAGGUGAAGCCUAAGGCACGGCUCCUGCGCAGCUCAUUUCGGCGUGCGCCGCGCGGAAUUGGAGCCAGCUUCAAGUCCACUGGCUCCGUGGAGCUGGAAUAUGCAGCGGAGUAUGAACGUCUCAGGAAGGACUAUGAGAUCUUCCGUGUAAGCAAGAAUAAUGAGAUCGCCUCCAUGCAGAAGAAGGAGGCCAAGCUGGACGAUGAAAACAAGAGGCUGCGUGCUGAGCUACAGGCUUUGCAGAAGACCUACCAGAAGAUUCUCAGGGAGAAGGAGAGUGCUUUGGAGGCAAAGUACCAGGCCAUGGAGAGAGCAGCCACAUUUGAACAUGACAGAGACAAAGUAAAACGUCAAUUUAAGAUCUUCCGAGAGACCAAAGAGAAGGAGAUUCAAGAUUUGCUGCGGGCAAGGCGCGAUCUGGAGUCCAAACUGCAGCAGCUACAGGCUCAGGGGAUCCAGCUCUAUGACCCAGCUGACUCAGACUCUGAUGACAACCGCACAAGCAUCACAACUGCAGGGACUCAGUGUGAAUAUUGGAGUGGAGGUGUGUUGGGUAGUGAGCCCUCUUUGGGGAGUAUGAUGCAGCUGCAGCAGGCUCACAGAGGACCAGAGUUUGCCCAUAGUCUCAUAGAUGUAGAGGGGCCCUUUGCCAAUGUCAGUAGAGAUGAUUGGGAUGCAGCUGUGGCCAGCCUGCUGCAGGUGUCUCCUCAUGUGUCUCAGGUUUUAUGGAGUAAUACAGUCCGCUGUUACCUCAUCUACACCCAAGAGACCAGGGCAGAACUACAUGCCUUUGUACAGACUCAUUCCUCUGGCUUGAAGAGGUUUUGCGAGGGUUUGGGUCAUUUCUACCUAAAUGUGUGUUUUCCUGAGGAGAAGGCCGCUCUGUACACUGAAGAACGCAAGAUGGAGAUUGAGAGGAGCUCUGUGUGUGUGCUGCUACUCAAGUCCUCAUUGUCCAGCUUUGUAGUGGAAGAUGUCGAAGAGGCAUUUGUUAAGUGUCCAGACUCUCGUCCUCUGCUCGUGUAUCUGAAGAUGGGAGACAGGAAAGGGGAGUGUGGUGGAGCAUCCAGUCUCAGCCCAGCUACCAGAGAACUACUUGAAAGAGUCAACAAUGCAGACAAGACUGCAAAAGUUAAGGUGGUGGACCAUGCAGGCUCUGCAGAGGAUGGAGCAGCACUUAUUUACACUCAGCUAGAGAAGAUUAUUAAACAGGAGUUGUUGGGUUUAGAGAUGGACGACAGUGGAGUGGUAGAGGAGAGAGAAGAUGUGUACUCUGGAGAUGUUCUGUGGGAUCUGCAUGAUGAACAGGAGCAGAUUGAAGCUUAUCAGAAUAUCUGCAGCACUGCAGCCAACCACAGCUUCCAGAAGUACAUUGACGGACUGAAUGAUAUGGUUGCUGCUCCACCGCCUACUCCUCCACUGCUGGUGUCUGGAGGGCCAGGCUCAGGCAAAUCUCUCCUGCUUGCUAAAUGGAUAGAGCUACAACAGAAGCACUCCCCCAACACUCUGAUCCUCUAUCACUUUGUGGGCCGCCCUCUCUCCACCAGCGCAGAGCCCGUCCUCAUCAUCAAACGCCUCACUGUGAAGCUCUUGCAGCAUUUCUGGUCCAUCUCUGGACUGUCUAUGGACCCUUGCAAGAUCCUAGAGGAGUUCCCACGCUGGCUGGAGAGACUGUCUGCCCGUCACCAUGGCAACAUCAUCAUUGUCAUUGACUCCAUUGACCAAAUACAGAAUGCAGAGCGGCAUAUGAAGUGGCUGAUUGAUCCUCUUCCAGCUAAUGUCAGAGUACUGGUGUCUGUCAAUGUGGAGACAUGCCCACAGGCUUGGAGGCUGUGGCCCACAUUGCAUUUGGACCCACUCAACCCCAGAGAAGUGAGAAGUGUCAUUAACACUGCAUGUGUGAACACUGAUACCAAGCUCACAAAAGACCAGGAGAAGAAGCUGGAAAGACACUGUCGCUCUGCUUCCACCUGCAAUGCACUCUACGUCUCACUGCUGGCCAGACUCCUCACACACUCUAGAUCCUCCUUGUCAUUGGAGAAGACCCUACAUCACUGUCUGUCAUGCCAGGAUACAGUUGCUUUAUACAGACUCUGCUUCAAGGUAGCACUAGAUGCACUUAACACAGACAGAGAAAGGAACGCCAUGAAAGAGUUAUUGUGCCUGGUUUGUGCCAGUCAUAAUGGCAUUAGCGAAUCAGAAGUAUUGGAGAUAUUUUCAGAGCUGAGUUUCCCUGCCCUCUCCUCUCUGCUCCACAGUCUGCGCAGGCUACUCAUUGUCACCUUCGGCUGCGGACUCAUACGUUUCCAGCAUCUUCAGGCAUGUGAAGCUGUAAUGCAGGAGUUUCUUGAUGGAGCGAGAUAUUAUGCAUUGUACAGAGAGAAACUCAUUUGCUAUUUCAGCCAGCAACUCAGCCAGAACAGAGUGACAUGGCGUGUUGCAGAUGAGUUGCCAUGGUUACUACAACAGCAAGAGAACAGAAGUAAAUUACAGCUCAGCCUGCUCAACCUGUUUGUCUCACAGAAUCUUUACAAAAGGGGACAUUUCUCAGAGCUGCUGGCAUACUGGCAAUUUGUUGGGAAGGAUAAGGUGUCCAUGGCAGCAGAAUAUUUUGACGCUCUGAAGGAAUUUGAGCGUGGCUGUGAGAGUGAAGCGAGCAUGAGCAAACUUGCCAACCUGUAUGAGACCCUAGGAAGAUUUCUAAAGGAUCUUGGGCUGCUGAGUCAGGCCGUAGCCCCCUUGCAGCGCUCUCUAGAGAUCCGUGAGACAGCUCUAGACCCGGACCACCCCAGUGUGGCUCAGUCUUUACACCAGCUGGCUGGGGUGUACAUUCAGUGGAGGAAGUUUGGUAAUGCUGAGCAGCUGUACAAACAGGCUCUGGAGAUCAGUGAGAAUGCUUAUGGUGCUGAGCACUGCAGUGUAGCACGAGAACUAGACUCACUCUCCCUCCUUUACCAGAAACAAAACAAGUAUGAACAAGCUGAGAAGUUGCAGAAGAGGUCCAUCAAGAUCAGACAGAAAAUGGCUCGGCAAAAAGGGCACAUGUAUGGUUUCACACUGCUGCGUCGCCGGGCACUGCAGUUGGAAGAGCUGACUCUUGGGAAAGACUCAGCUGAUUGUGCCAAAACCCUCAAUGAGCUGGGAGUGCUCUACUACCUCCAAAACAACAUUGAUGCAGCAAAGGUGUUUUUGAUGCGCUCUCUGGAGAUGCGGCAACGUGUGCUGGGCACAGAUCACCCAGACUGUGCUCAGUCUCUGAACAACCUGGCCGCCCUGCACUGCGAGAGGAGAGAUUACGAGAGUGCUGAGAAGCUGUAUGAAAGAGCGCUGGACAUCCGCAAACGAGCACUUGCUCCUGACCACCCCUCACUGGCCUACACCCUCAAACAUCUUGCUAUGCUCUACAAACGCAGGGGGAAGCUGGAGAAGGCAGUACCUCUAUAUGAGCUGGCUCUAGAGAUCAGAGAGAAGAGCUUUGGGCCCAAACACCCCAGUGUGGCUACAGCGCUGGUUAACCUAGCUGUGCUGUACUGCCAGCUGAAGAAGCACAGCGAGGCUUUACCAUUAUAUGAGCGAGCUCUCAGAGUAUAUGAAGACAGCCUUGGCCGACUGCACCCUCGAGUAGGAGAGACACUCAAAAAUCUCGCAGUACUCAGUUAUGAGGAAGGGGAUUUUGAGAAGGCUGCUGAGCUGUACAAACGAGCCAUGGAAAUAAAGGAGGCAGAGCCAUCUCUAGUUUGUGGGAAAGCCCUCUCCCGUCUCUCGUCCAGUGGUGACACCUUCAGCCUACGAAGCCCCGCACUCCUACCUCACACCUCUAGAUGAUCUCUGGUACAUAAAACUGCUUUGUACAGUCCAGGUGACCACUGAGUUGCAGUGAUCAAGAAAAACCAACCUUGGUUUGUUCAUUAAUCUGCGUGAAAUUCUACCAUAUAGAAUAUACCAUCUUCCUUGAAGCUUAUAUAAAAAGUAGUCAAUCUCUUGUCAUGCACAUUUUGUUAGUCAUCCUCUACACCAUUUAUCAUUGGUCAGAUUCAGACUAGAGUUACUGUAUUUGGGUUACUCCAAACCCAAAUACAGCCAGAGAGUCCAAACCUGAAAUGAGCCCAAAAUAUGAAAGGAGGGAACACAAAGUAAGGAAAAAAAUGUAAGUGUGGUCUGUGGGAGUGGGCUGUGAGAACCCAAAUGUGAAAUUUGAACCCAAGAGAUAUAUUAAAAAUGACAUCUGUACUUGUCUAACUCGAUACGAGUACUUGGGUCCUGUCAGAUUUGAACAAAUAUUUUAAGAUCUUUUUCUGACCACAUAACUGCUUGCAGAUCAGGCAGUAUUUGCGUGGUUAAAUAUUUUUAAGCGUAGCCUUGACAAUAACACGGUAGUGUGGUGCUUAGACAUGGGACGGUAUUCUGUGGAGUCUUUUGUGCCUUUUGGGUGGGUCGUAAAAGAGGUCAUUCACCUGCACUUUCUAUUGGUCUACUGAUUCUGAACAUGCACUUCAUUUGAUGCUUGGCAUUGUGCUUAGUGAUGUAAGGCUUGCAUGCAGCUGUUCAGCCAUGAAAACCCCUAAAGCUCAUGAAGCUUCUGGCACAGUUUUUGUGCUGAUGUUAUGCCAGAGGAGGAUUGAAACUCUAUUUAUUAUUUAAUUAUUUACUUAGCAUAAUGUUGAGGAAAUUUAUGCAUUAUGUGCUGAACCCUUAGUGACCCUGCUUUGUAAUUUUACGUGGUCUGCCACUUCUUGGCUGAGUUGUUGUGGUUCCUAAACACUUCUACUUUUCAGUAAUACAAAUCCUAGUUGGAAUAUCUAUAAAAAAGUUAUUUAAAAUAAUCGACAUAAACAAGUAUUCUACCAAGAAAUGUAGUUCCUUUAGAAUGUGGUAUCGUGGUACCAUGGUAUCAUGAUACCGUGGACUGCUGAUUGAGGAGUAUAAUGUUUGGUAGUUCACUGCUGUAUAAUGCAGUCAACUUUUUAACUUUUUUGUCAUAUAACAAUGAACAUAUAAUAACAACGCACUGUUUAAUGCAAAAAAUUUCACGUUAUAAGACACUAAAUAACCACUGCAAGUCUUAUAUAGCUCCAAUCCAUUGGCCUCCCUCUCCUUGUACUGGGGCUGAAUCUGCUUAAUACGUAGUGCACUACAUAGGAGUUUGAAUCCUGGAUCCUCAGCCAAGUAAUAGUCAUUUGGGCCACAUCCUAACUUGACAAAUGAUGCACUGUUUAGCUGUAGAGGCUAGACUUUACAAACUUUUAUAGCUAACAUACUCUGUAGGUAGUAUGGAGCCGUUUGGGAUUCAGCGUGGGUUUGAUACAACUUCUGUCUGAAACAUGAAUAUUUAAAGCAUUCAAGUUACCUUUUUAGACUUGGAUUUUACAGCGGCUUACAAUGCGGCUCAACCAAUCAGAUGUUAGGACCAGAACCGUCUGUUUUAUAAUUAUAUAUAUAUAUAUAUAUAUAUAUAUAUCAGGACCCUGAGAAUGUGUUACAUUGAUAAAUAUGACAAACAUUGCUCACAAGGGUGGACAUGUCAACACAGUCAUCUCUGGCAGUACUACGCUCAGUACAAAUCACUCCUUCAUGUUUGAAGCACGGCUCAUGGAGUGGACAUGACUACUAUGUUUAAAAGACUUGUCACUCCAAAUUAGUUGACAAACAGAGAGUGCAGGUGAAUGACUUCCUCUAAGAACCAACCCAUGUAAAAAUGUUUGCAGUCACAAACUUAGUCUUUAUAAAGUAAAAGACAUUAAACAUACCAGAUUUUGAAAGUUAAGAUACCGUAAGAUAAGAUUUCUAAGUUAAGAUUUGCUUCUGUAAAAUUAAUUGGUGAAAAAUCUGAGCUUGACCUGGCAGAAGUUGAAAUAUUUACUAAAUGAUUCACUUUAAGACUGGAAAGUAAAAAAACAUGAAGGUCUGUUACAAGCUUUGUCCAAAGUCAGUGUGCUUGCUGUUAACAUAAUGUAAAAUCUCAUAUUCCUACUAGCAAAAUUAGAAGUUAGCAUCAUCAUUUUCAGUGUUUUUCUCAACUUCAGUCCUCCAAAUAGCCCUGUAUGAUAGUGAUACACAGUGAAUAUAUAUAUAUUUUUCUUUUUAGUUAUCAUUUUUUGGGAUUUAUCUAAGCCAUGAUUAAACAUUAGUUAAUUAUUUGAUAAAAAAUAACAGCGUAGUGGUGCUGUCUUGCUGUUUGUACACACAUCAGUAUCAUUGCUAGGUUCACAGUGGUCUACCAUUUUUUUCACAAAAUUACCUUAAUUCAACUUUCUGAGAUGUAAACAAAGCCAUUCAGGCUGUGCUAUUAGAAAAUGGUGCAUAUGCACAGAACAUUGUGAGUACAUUUUACAAAACGUUUCUCUAUGAACCAGGUUGUGAUGUUUACAAAACUAAAUAAACAAAGUUUAUUUACUAAAGUUAAAAAAGACACUUACAUGUGUCUUCUGAGUUGUAUAUCCAAUGAUGAUAAUAGUGAAAUAGUGCUGAAUCUGAGAACAUACAUUUUCCUUGAGUACUAUUUUGCCUCACAACACCCUUCUUGUACCUCUUCACCAUGAAUACAUUUAAAUAAAUACAUUUUACAAAACGUUUCUCUUGAAAUAAUAAUAAUGUCUCUAGGAUCAGGUAAAUUUUCAUAACCAUUUCAUAAAAUACCUUGGUAUCUUUAAAGGGCAUUAAACUCUCAAGACAUCUGGUUCCUAUCACCACCGCUGUGAAGUCCCCUAUAAUGAACACAUUCUAUGAAAUUUAACUACCUACCAGUGUGUAGUUUUUAUUUAUGUUGUGUUUUUUUUUGUGUGUUAUGUUUUUGCCAUGUUAUGUUUAACAUAACAUCUCCAUCUUUUAGAAUAGUGCCAUAGUUGUUUGUUGUGGUCAUGAACAAAACACUAACCUGUUAUUCACAUUAAUUUUACAACUGUGUUGCAUUUUGUAUAUUUUGUUGUUUCAGUUAUGGAAAACCUACCUUAAAACAUACUUUAACCACAGUGCCAAUUUGAAAAUGCAGUAGGUAAAACACAAAUAAAAACAGAAAGCAUUUAUUUAUAAAUCUA